AUGUCUCUCUCUCUCUCUCUCUCUCUCUCCCUCUCUCUCUCUGUGUCUUUAUCUAUCUAUCUAUCUAUCAGUCUUUUUUUCAUUAUCUAUCUAUCUAUCUAUCAAUCUAUCUACCAGUUUUUUCUUUAUCUCUCUAUCUAUCUAUCUAUCUAUCUAUCUAUCUUUCUAUCUAUCUGCCUAUCUAUGUAUCUAUCUAUCUAUCUAUUUAUCACUCUUUUCUUUCUCUUUCUAUCUAUCUAUCUAUCUAUCUACCCGUCUUUUCUUUAUCUAUCUAUCUCUUUCUCUUGCUUUGCUGGCGCUUUUUUUUAUUAUUUCUCUCACUUGUUUUUCUCCUCCUAUAUUAAUUCUUUCUUUCUUUCUUUCUUUCUUUCUUCUACAUUAGUUCUUUCUUUUUCUUUCUCUUUUCUUUCUUUCAUUUACAUUAACUCUUUCCUCUUACUUUCUUUGUUCUAA